GGGCGGGGCUGGGGGCGGUCGGAGGCGGUGGCGGCGUGCAGCGGCCCACACCACCGCUCCGAGGCACUCCGCUGUAGGGCCGGUCUCGCAGCGCCCGCCGCACGUGCAGGCAGCCAUGAGCGACCGAAAGGCCGUCAUCAAGAAUGCGGACAUGUCCGAAGAGAUGCAGCAGGACUCUGUGGAGUGUGCGACCCAGGCGUUGGAGAAGUACAACAUCGAGAAGGACAUUGCUGCUCACAUAAAGAAGGAAUUUGACAAGAAGUACAACCCCACUUGGCACUGCAUCGUGGGAAGGAACUUUGGCAGCUACGUGACUCAUGAGACCAAGCACUUCAUCUACUUCUACCUCGGCCAAGUCGCUAUUCUUCUUUUCAAGUCUGGUUAGAACCAUGGACUCUGACUGAAGCUUUCACCUGGUUCCAGGACUGCACACUUGACUCCAAACAGCCUCCUACCUUCAGCCUUCCUGAGGAAACAGACCUUGAUUCCCAGGUCUUUUGUUGUAUUGUUAAUGGUCAGGGAUUUUGCUGUAGCAGCUGGUAUUUUCAUUGUGGCUAUAAAAAAAGGCAAAAAUGUCUUCCUUUUAUUUAUUUUCUUUCAAAAGAUGGCUUCUUUGCUAAUAAAAGUGUUGGAACAAAUU